AUGGAUAAGAGAGUGUGUAAAUUUUUCUAUGCUGUAAGGACCUCGCUUUCCGAUAAAUUGGACAAUAAAGGAAACUAUAAAUUUACUAAUGAAAGAAAUUUCAAUGAGUAUUGUACUAAUAGCAGAUGUAGUGAUAAUCUCGGAAAAGUUAAUGCUGGAUGUUUAUUUUUGUUUGAUGCAUUAUUUAAGGAUUCUUCUGUGUUUAAGUAUCAUAAUGACAUCAAUAUGGUUGAUUACAUUAUCAUAUGGUUAAGUUACAUGUUAAACCUAAAGAAAAGUGAAGAAAAUAUGAGCAAUUUACAAUAUUUUUAUAAUAUGUAUAUAAAUAAUAAUACAUAUAAAAAGUCUAUAACUGACGUUGCAGAGUAUAAUAGUUAUAAGGAUCUUGUAGAUAAAGCAAAUAUGGUGAAUAUGGAUAUGAAAAUUAUAUCUAAAUUUUAUGACGCAUUUAAUGAAUUAUGUAUGAUAUAUAUUGAAUUUGAUGAACAAAGUCCAAAUUGCAAGAAUUGUUUAAAAUAUGCUAAUGGAUUUGUUGAAAAAUAUAAAAAACUUAAGGAAGAUACUAGUAUUACUAAAAACAGUUCAUAUAAUAAAAUAUUAUCUAGUUUAUCAACUAAUUAUGAUAAUAUUAAAAAGAAAUGUAACAAUUUUCCAUCCCUUUCAACGAUAGGAACAGCAAACAAUUUUGUACAAGAUUCUGCAUACAGUUCUGGACAAAUUUCUGAAGAUACAUCAAGUUCGUCGAUAGGAAACAAAGUAUUUAUAGUUUUAUCGAUAUUUGCUGUAAUACCAAUUUUUUUGGGAAUUUCUUAUAAGUAUUCGUUAUUUGGAUUUCGGAAACGAUUUAAAAAACAACAAAUAAGAGAAAAAAUAAAAAAUAUAAAGAAGAGAAUGAAUCAUUAA